UGCCGUCCGGCCGUGUCUCUUCCUCUCGCACUCUACUACUCUGCUGCUACCAGUUCUUCGCUCUCUUGCGCCGGAGGCAGGCAGCUGCUUCCUUCCUUCCUGCGGACUUCGUCUUCCCCAAUCCGACCUCACCAAAUCCCCCUCUACUAGUACUCCCCUCACCCCCAGCAAUCCACCCCGCCCCAUUAUUCAUUCCUCGCUCCCCCUAAUUUCUUCCCUCCACGCCAGCACCAAGUACCCAGGCACGCCAUUACUCCGUCCGUCCGUCCGACCGAGCUCCCCUUCUUUCCUUCCUGGGCACUGUUUGACUGAAUCGUCCUUGAAUCCCUCUGGAAUGAUCAGCCAGUAAUCUGCCGAUCCAUAGCUCGGAUAUAACACAACGCGCUAUGGCUUCCAACGGCGGCGGCGGCGUGCUAAGACACAGCAACAGCAGCCGCCUCUCGCGGAUGUCCUUCUCCGGCGAGGAUGGCCGCGGGCAGCCCCCUGGAGCAGGCGGCGGCGGCGGCGCUGACCGGCCGAUGGUGACCUUCGCCCGGCGCACCCACUCCGGCCGCUACGUCAGCUACUCCCGCGACGACCUCGACAGCGAGCUCGGCGGCAGCGAGGCGGCCGGCUUCUCGCCGGACCGGGAGGAGUUCCUCAGCUACCACGUCCACAUCCCGGCCACCCCCGACAACCAGCCCAUGGACCCGGCCAUCUCUGCGCGCGUCGAGGAGCAGUACGUCUCCAACUCGCUCUUCACCGGCGGCUUCAACAGCGUCACCCGCGCCCACCUCAUGGACAAGGUCAUCGAGUCCGAGGCCAGCCACCCGCAGAUGGCUGGCUCCAAGGGCUCCUCCUGCGCCAUCAACGGCUGCGAUGGCAAGGUCAUGAGUGACGAGCGCGGCGAGGACAUACUGCCCUGCGAGUGCGAUUUCAAGAUCUGCGCUGAGUGCUUCGGCGAUGCCGUGAAGAACGGCGGGGCACUGUGCCCUGGAUGCAAGGAGCCGUACAAGGCCACGGAGAUGGAGGACUUGGUCGGUGGCGCCGAGGGUGGCGCGAGGCCGACUCUGUCGCUGCCUCCGCCGCCUGGCGGUGCGGCCGCCUCGAGGAUGGAGAGGCGGCUGUCGAUAGUGCGGUCACAGAAGGCCAUGACCAGGAGCCAGACUGGUGACUGGGAUCACAACAGGUGGUUGUUUGAGACCAAGGGAACAUAUGGGUAUGGAAAUGCCAUCUGGCCAAAGGAGAAUGAGGUGGACAAUGGUGGCGGUGGUGGUGGUGGAGGUGGGCUCAGUGGAGCCGAUGGACAGCCAGCAGAAUUCACCAGCAAGCCAUGGCGGCCGCUCACUCGGAAGCUGAAGAUCCCUGCUGGCAUCCUUAGCCCAUACAGGCUUCUUGUUCUUAUCCGAAUGGUUGUUCUUGGUCUGUUCCUUACAUGGAGAAUUAAACACAAGAACGAGGAUGCAAUGUGGUUGUGGGGCAUGUCUGUUGUUUGUGAACUCUGGUUUGGCUUUUCGUGGAUCUUGGACCAGCUGCCAAAGUUGUGCCCAGUUAACCGAGCAACGGACCUUGUUGUUCUGAAAGACAAGUUUGAAACCCCAACACCAUCAAACCCCAAUGGAAGAUCUGACUUGCCAGGGCUCGAUAUAUUUGUGUCCACUGCUGAUCCAGAGAAAGAACCUCCAUUGGUCACAGCAAACACAAUUCUUUCCAUCCUUGCUGCUGACUAUCCAGUUGAAAAGCUUUCUUGCUAUGUUUCUGAUGAUGGAGGUGCUCUCCUGACAUUUGAAGCAAUGGCUGAAGCUGCUAGUUUCGCUAACAUGUGGGUUCCUUUUUGCCGCAAACACGGCAUUGAGCCUCGCAAUCCUGAGAGCUACUUUAGUCUGAAGAAAGACCCAUACAAGAAUAAAGUCCGCUCCGAUUUUGUCAAGGACAGGAGGAGGAUCAAGAGGGAGUAUGAUGAGUUCAAGGUCAGGAUCAAUGGGUUGCCUGACUCUAUCCGCCGUCGCUCGGAUGCAUACCAUGCCAGAGAAGAAAUCAAGGCCAUGAAGAGGCAGCGUGAGGCUGCUCUUGACGAUGCGGUGGAAGCUGUUAAAAUUGCUAAAGCUACCUGGAUGGCUGAUGGCACACAUUGGCCUGGUACCUGGAUCCAACCCUCUGCAGAGCAUACUCGUGGUGACCAUGCUGGAAUAAUUCAGGUAAUGCUGAAACCACCUAGCGAUGAUCCAUUGUAUGGCAGCAAUGGUGAAGAAGGCAGGCCCCUUGACUUCACUGAUAUUGACAUCCGUUUGCCAAUGUUGGUCUAUGUGUCCCGUGAAAAGCGCCCAGGCUAUGACCACAACAAGAAGGCUGGUGCAAUGAAUGCUCUAGUCCGUUCAUCCGCUGUCAUGUCAAAUGGGCCUUUCAUCCUCAACCUGGAUUGUGAUCAUUAUGUUUACAACUCCCAAGCUUUCCGUGAAGGCAUGUGCUUCAUGAUGGACCGGGGUGGUGACCGUAUUGGCUAUGUUCAGUUCCCUCAACGGUUUGAGGGCAUUGAUCCAUCAGAUCGCUAUGCCAACCACAACACUGUCUUCUUUGAUGUCAACAUGCGUGCAUUGGAUGGCCUCAUGGGACCAGUCUAUGUCGGCACAGGCUGUCUAUUCCGCCGCAUUGCUCUAUACGGAUUUGACCCUCCACGCUCCACAGAACAUGGUGGCUGCUGCAGCUGUUGUUUCCCGAAGAAGCGCAAGAUCAAGAUCUCUUCAUCUGCAUCCGAAGAGACACGGGCUUUGCGAAUGGCAGACUUUGAUGAGGAAGAAAUGAACAUGUCAACAUUCCCCAAGAAGUUUGGUAACUCAAACUUCCUCAUCAACUCUAUCCCAAUUGCUGAGUUCCAAGGGCGUCCGCUUGCUGAUCACCCUGGUGUCAAGAAUGGGCGUCCUCCUGGUGCUCUUACCGUCCCUCGGGACCUUCUUGAUGCCUCGACAGUCGCUGAAGCUAUCAGUGUCAUCUCAUGCUGGUAUGAAGACAAGACGGAGUGGGGCCAGCGUGUCGGAUGGAUUUAUGGUUCAGUCACAGAGGAUGUUGUCACAGGUUACCGCAUGCACAACCGUGGAUGGAAGUCAGUCUACUGUGUCACCAAGCGUGACGCUUUCCGCGGCACCGCGCCCAUCAACCUCACCGACCGUCUCCACCAGGUGCUCCGGUGGGCUACAGGCUCAGUGGAGAUCUUCUUCUCCCGCAACAACGCGCUGCUCGCGAGCCGGAGGAUGAAGUUCCUCCAGAGGAUCGCGUACCUGAACGUCGGUAUCUACCCCUUCACGUCAAUCUUCCUCAUCGUCUACUGCUUCCUGCCGGCACUGUCGCUCUUCUCCGGGCAGUUCAUCGUGCGGACGCUAGACGUGACCUUCCUCACCUACCUGCUGGUGAUCACUCUAACACUGUGCAUGCUCGCGGUGCUGGAGAUCAAGUGGUCAGGGAUCAACCUGGAGGAAUGGUGGCGUAACGAGCAGUUCUGGCUCAUCGGAGGCACCAGCGCCCACCUUGCUGCCGUGCUGCAAGGCCUCCUGAAGGUGAUUGCCGGCAUUGAGAUCUCCUUCACGCUCACGUCCAAGUCGGGCGGUGACGACGAGAACGACGACUACGCAGACCUCUACAUCGUCAAGUGGACCUCGCUGAUGAUCCCGCCCAUCGUGAUCAUGAUGGUGAACCUGAUCGCCAUUGCUGUGGGCUUCAGCCGGACCAUCUACAGCGAGAUCCCGCAAUGGAGCAAGCUGCUGGGUGGCGUGUUCUUCAGCUUCUGGGUGCUGGCUCACCUGUACCCGUUUGCCAAGGGGCUGAUGGGACGGCGGGGCCGGACGCCGACCAUCGUCUUCGUCUGGUCGGGGCUCCUCGCCAUCACCAUCUCCCUGCUGUGGGUCGCCAUCAACCCGCCGUCCCAGAACUCGCAGAUUGGCGGCUCCUUCACGUUCCCUUGAUGGCCAGAGCUUAUAUAUCAAUAUGAAACUAUAUACCAUUGGUUCCAAUUCAGCAGCAGCGGCGGCAGCAGCAGGAUCCCUCCUGGGGAGCUUAGCUGACUGGGAGUACAUUCUGACUAUUGUUAAUUAGGCGUUUUAUUCUCUCUUUUUUGUCGGGGAAAGAUGAUGGUGGAUCAUACUAGUUCAUUUGUUGGUUUGUCAGAUGAUUGUGCAUCAUCUGACAAGUGUAAAAGAAGGUUUUAGGAAUUUGAUCGGAGUUUCCUUCUUGCAUUGCACCUUGUUCAGAUAUCUUUGCAUUGUUUACUUGUCUGAAUCCUGAAGCAAA